CCCCAGCUCCCACCGGGGUCCCCCAGCUCCCUUCUCCUUGCCUGCCAUGGGAAGUGCUGCCAGCAGCAUGGAGUGGGCUGCAGGUGGGGUGGGGGAACCCAAACAGCUUUUGGAGCAGCUCUGGGGUGUCCCUGCACCCCUGGGUGAUGUGAGUGUGGCUCCAGGCUGCGAGAGGAGGAGCUGAGGGAGAACCUGAAGCAGGAAGAGGCCCGGCUGGAGCAGAUGCAAGCCCAGAUGUUGAAGAACCAGCAGCGCCUGAUCGAGUUUGAGAACAUCAUUGACAACCUGUUCCUCCGCCUGCAGGGCAUCGUCAUCCCCGGCCAGGAGGACUCUGCUCCCGUGGUGGGGCUGGAGGAGAAGCUGCAGCACUGUGAGAAGAAGAUGCAGUUCCUGAAGGAGAAGUUGGCAGCCCGGCCCGAGGACAGCACUGACGAGCGCAGUGAGACUUUUGCCAAGGUCAGGAACCUUCUGGAGAAAAGAACUGCAGGUGAAACACAGAACCUGAAGAUUUCCUUCAAGGAUGAAGGCGCUAUGGAAGAUGACACCUUGGACUUUGACGAUGAAGACCAUGACUACGUCCCCAGCCGGGAGGACAUCAAGAAGCAGGGGUUGCAGCUGAUCAGAAUGAAGACCAGACGUCGCAAGAAGAAGUAGUGGUUUCUCCACAUGAGCUUUGAGGUUCCCAGGCCACCCUUUGUACCCUUUUCCCAGCAGGUUUAAUAAAUCUGAUCUUCUUCAUUCCUCUCA